UCACUGCCACACGCCGCGGCAGCGUGCGCGCGUCUUCUUCUUCUCGGCGCGUGUGCGCGAGUGUGCGUUACGGCAAGGCUGCGGUCAGUAGAUCACGAUCAAGUGAGCGCGCACACACUACCGUCGCCGACAAGGUAGCGAGCGGAGCUUCUUCACUUUGCUCUCUUCGCGAUCGCGAUUCGGGCGCAUACACGUCGCGUAAACAAACUUAACUUAAGUCAACUUUACUUAACUUCAAAUCCAACACCAAAAACAAUUUGUGCAUAGUGUUUAUCAUGAAAUAAAAAAAUUAAUAAAAAAUAAACAUUACUUAAUUUAAGUCAAAUCGACGCAAGUGACUUAAGUGACUUUUAAAACUUUUCAAUAAAAAUGGAAACGUGUGUAUUAAUUCCGCAAGAAUUCAGUUUGUGCAUUCGCAACAACAAUAAUAAUUCAACAUCGAAUAAUAACAACAACAAUAACAAUAAUAAAGAACUCGAAGUGUCCGUGUGGUCGAAUAGCGCUAUCGCGCAAGGCGCGCUCUGCUAUCCGUUCCAGGGCACCAUCCGAUUGGACAAACUUGAUGUUUACGGACAUUUGGACGAUGAAGAUAUAAGACAUAGAUUUGGUUGUUACGAUGAAACAUCACAGGUGGGUGGACGAAAAGUGCGCCAUUGCAACUGGGUGCGUUUCGUACGUGUUGCCACAGCUUUCCACGCCAACGUCAAUCUGGUAGCAACAAAAGUACGCGGUGAACCUGUCUAUGAAGCCGUCAAACCCAUUCCGCCCGGCACGGAGCUUUUGGUUUAUUAUUUACCGGAAAGACCCGAGGAGCUUUUCUUUGUCAGGAUGCGUGCGUCACUUUAUCGUCAAACCAUGGAUUCUAUUCUAGAAGAUUCACCAUUGGAUCUAUCAAUGUCAUUACUCUCGCGUGCAUUAUCCGGUUCACCACCAAGCGCUGAAGACGAAGGCAAAUCAGUUUCCGGCGAUUCUUCAGCCGCUAGCUCGCAGGGUGACUUACCAGACAAUCAUACUCCUGCGCCCACCCCACGUGCACGACCCAGGGAAAGAACACUGCUUCCCUGCUCCGUAUGCUCAAAAGCUUUCGAUCGGCCAUCUUUACUUAAGAGACAUAUGAGGACACACACUGGUGAAAAACCACACGUUUGCAUGGUUUGCGGCAAAGGGUUCAGCACCUCUUCAUCCCUCAACACCCACCGCCGUAUCCACAGCGGUGAGAAACCACAUCAGUGUCCGGUGUGCAUGAAAAGAUUCACCGCCUCAUCGAACUUGUACUAUCAUCGGAUGACACACAUUAAGGAUAAACCACACAAAUGCAACCUCUGCAGCAAAUCCUUCCCGACUCCAGGCGAUCUACGCUCGCACAUGUACGUGCACUCGGGUUCGUGGCCGUUCAAGUGUCACAUCUGCUCGCGCGGCUUCUCCAAGCACACCAACCUGAAGAAUCACCUAUUCUUGCACACAGGAGAUAAACCACACGCGUGCGAAUUAUGCGGCAAGAAAUUCGCGUUGGCGUGCAACCUACGUGCCCAUAUGAAAACCCACGAAGGUGAAAUUCAAGAGGAAUGCACACGUUGCAAUCAAAAGUUCAUCCCUAGUGUACCAACUACCAACGAAGAUGAAAAUACACAAAAUGGCGACGAUACUGACGAAAUGAAAACAGUAUGCUCAACGUGUCGCGAUGCAAAAACCAGUUUUGAUGAUUCUGCUGAUGAAAGUUCUCCAGAAUGAAACAAAACGCCGCAAAUCUUAUUUUAUUUAUUUAAAUAUUUAAUGUAUAUUUGUAUAGUUACACCAUAAGCACAUUUUAUAUCUAUAUUUAUCCAUAGUCACUUUAAUAUUCGAUAUUUCAUACUUAUAACGAAUGUAAAUAUUUAAACGAAUUUAAUUUCGUUUUAUACACGCGUCAAUCACAACGCAUUCAACGUAAAUGUUUAAAUUUAUAAUUCGACACUCGAUACUUACGUGCGUUAAGUCGCAUUAGGCAUUAAUGCCUUAAGUACACUUUGAUUUUAUGAAUGAACGCAUCGGACGAGAACGAAUUAAUGGUUUUAUUUGAGUUCACGAUGUUGGUAUUCGAACGAGAGGCAAAAGACCUGCAUCGUACCUGAAUUGGAUCGAAGGAGAAAAGACUUUGGACAGUAAUCGGCCCUACGUUUGAGGUUAAUCGUCCGUAGAGGAUGAAGGAGUUAAAAGACAGGCAAUAAAGCAUUGCGUUUCUAAGCUAAACAACCGUAAGGCACUUGGAGAAGUCGAACAAGUUGAUCCUGGGACGCAGGGUUUCAGAAAUGUCAAUCAUGGGAGUAUUUAAGCUGGGAAUUGUUAAAAUUGAGGUUAAAUUGGUAAUUAGUGUUGAUUUCAUGUGGAAAAACGUUAAAACAAUAAAAUAACGUUUGAAGUAAAGGAAAACAUAUUGGAAUAUUGAUAGAGGGACGAAAAACAAUAGAAAAUGGCCACGGUACAGAGAAUUCAUUAUAAUUUCUAUUGAAAACAACGUUUUGUUAGUUACAACCUUUAUAACUCAAGAACGGCUGGACAGAUUUUGAUGCUUUAUGAUUUUUUGGAUUCAUAUUUGACUGGAAUAGGAGAAUAAAUAAUAAAAUAUCCACAAUUAUUAUAUACAGGGUGUUAAAUAAUGGAUGAAAAUUAAUAUUGGGGUUCAAUCAUAGUUAUAACUAAUUAAUUCAAUCUGAGAUGACGCUAAAGUGCAUUAUUAGCAUUUUUCGUACUAAAUCUUGAAGAAAAAAUAAAAAUUAAUUAUAUUUUUACUAAAAAUUUGAAAAAAACACAAAUUUUGAUAAAAAGCAACAAAAUUUGACUGAAAAUCUGAAUGAUUUUGUUAUAAAAGCUAUUAAAAAUGUCGUCCACUAUAGAAUUAACAUUUAUUCGAUUCAAAAUGGCGGAUUUUCAAAAAUCUGCAAAAAUUAAAAAAAAGUCAUUAAAUAACAAAUCACAUUAUAUAAAUGUUUAUGAAUGAGUGGGUUUAUAACCUCUUCGACUUUACGAUGCCGAUCGCCCGAUGCUCGAUGCUUGAGGACGAUGUCUUCGGCGGACUUUACGAGUUCGUUCUCGUUCUCAUUCUCCAGUCACCAAUUAAGGCGGCCGCUAACAAGAUAAACCAACUCGAACAUCAACGCGACCCGCGACGGCACAUACAAAGUGUCCUUUUUACUACGACCGCGACAACUCAAUCGCUAUCUAACGACGAACAAUUUUUCGUUCUGACGAUGUUGGCGCUGCUUUUUUUUGAGUGAUUUAACGUGAAAUCGAUGUAUCCAGCGCCCAGCGGCGUCAUUUCAUCUUCGGAGUUGAUUUCACGCUCGACGGCGGAUAAUUCCACGUGACAUAUUCUUAGCGACAUCGGUGAAACAAGUCGCGUCGUGGGUAAUGUCGUCCAUCUUGUUAUGCGUCGAUAUCAUGAUGGAUCACUAUGCAUCGCUUGUUUUUAUUUUUUAGUUUUUUGUCAAGUCGUUAAAAUUGAUUUAUUCAAGUAAGAACUCAUCAUGAUAUAAAAUUCAAUUGAUUUAUUAUUUAAAACCAAGAAAUAGUAACAAAAUUGUUGCUUUAUUUAUAAAAUGGUAAAAUUUAAAUUUGUUAAUGAUAAGUUUAGUUUAAUAUUAUUUAUAUUUUAUGUAAAAUGCACACCACUGAAAAGCUCAAUU